UUUUUUGGCGGUGGUAUUUCAUAAAUCUGAAAGCGGUAUUGCAUGCCCACAUAUCGCCUACUUAAACGGUCCGCUAUUCCUUUUUUCUAUCGCCUACCCUAUUCACCAAUCGCCAUCGUCCUCCAGAACAAACCAGCGGUUGUUUCUUUCUGUUCUCUGCAAUCUUCUCCGAUUCUUUCUCAGUUCCAAUCACUUGUCAAUCGCACGGUGGCAAAGCCCUCCUUUGACCUUCUGUUACGCUUCUUUAUAUAUCGCCUGAGAGUUUAUGCUUUCUGCUUUUUAUCUGGUUUCAGUUUGAUUUUUGUAUAUUUUUGGUGUUGAUUGGAUCGGACUUGAUCGUUCGUCGAUUGAGCAGGACGAUGGGUAGCUCCGGCGCGAACGCAUUUAAGCUGGCGGAUCAUCCGAAGCUGCCGAAGGGGAAGACGAUAGCCUUGAUUGUUUUGGAUGGUUGGGGUGAGGCUAACCCCGAUCCCUACAAUUGUAUCCAUACUGCUGAGACUCCUACCAUGGAUUCCUUUAAAAAGACUGCCCCUGAGAAGUGGAGAUUGAUCAAGGCCCAUGGAACUGCAGUGGGUCUCCCUAGCGAGGAUGACAUGGGCAACAGUGAAGUUGGUCACAAUGCUCUUGGUGCUGGGCGCAUUUAUGCUCAAGGCGCCAAGCUUGUCGAUCUUGCCCUGGAAUCUGGAAAGAUCUAUGAUGGGGAGGGUUUUAAAUAUAUCAAGCAAUCCUUUGAUAAGGGAACACUGCACCUUAUUGGGUUAUUGAGUGAUGGUGGAGUUCACUCCAGGCUUGAUCAAGUGCAGCUUUUACUCAAAGGUGCCGCUGAGCGUGGUGCCAAAAGGAUUCGCCUUCACAUUCUUACCGAUGGACGUGAUGUGAUAGAUGGUACAAGUGUUGGCUUUGUUGAAACUAUAGAGAAUGAUCUCGCCAAAUUAAGGGAGAAGGGUGUCGAUGCAAAGAUUGCAUCUGGUGGAGGUCGCAUGUAUGUGACAAUGGAUCGUUAUGAGAAUGACUGGAGUGUUGUGAAAAGAGGGUGGGAUGCCCAGGUUCUUGGUGAAGCACCUCACAAGUUUAAGAGUGCAGUAGAAGCUGUGAAGAAGCUAAGGGAAACUCCCAAGGCCAAUGACCAGUAUUUGCCUCCUUUCGUUAUAGUUGAUGACAGUGGCAAGGCUGUGGGGCCAAUUGUUGAUGGCGAUGCGGUCGUCACAGUCAAUUUCCGUGCAGACCGUAUGACUAUGCUUGCAAAGGCACUUGAGUAUGAGGACUUUGACAAAUUUGAUCGUGUGAGAGUUCCUAAGAUUAAUUAUGCUGGUAUGCUCCAGUAUGAUGGCGAGUUGAAGCUUCCAAGUCAUUACCUUGUGUCUCCUCCUGAGAUAGAGAGAACUUCUGGUGAAUAUUUGGUGCAUAAUGGUGUUAAAACAUUUGCCUGCAGUGAGACGGUCAAGUUUGGUCAUGUUACUUUCUUCUGGAAUGGAAACCGCUCAGGUUAUUUCAACCCAGAAAUGGAAGAAUACAUUGAGAUUCCAAGUGAUGUUGGGAUCACAUUCAACGUACAACCAAAAAUGAAGGCAUUGGAGAUUGCAGAGAAGGCACGGGAUGCCAUCCUCAGUGGGAAAUUCCAUCAGGUUCGCGUGAACCUACCAAAUGGAGACAUGGUGGGACAUACAGGAGAUGUUGAAGCAACAGUUGUUAGUUGCAAGGCUGCUGAUGAAGCCGUCAAGAUAAUGAUUGAUGCAAUCGCGCAAGUUGGUGGAAUUUUCGUGGUCACAGCAGAUCACGGGAAUGCUGAAGACAUGGUUAAGAGAGACAAAUCUGGGAAGCCUAUGCUUGACAAGAAUGGCAAUGUCCAAAUCCUGACUUCCCACACCCUCCAACCUGUCCCAAUUGCGAUCGGCGGCCCAGGAUUGGCACCUGGAGUGAGGUUCCGCAGCGAUGUCCCAACUGGUGGACUUGCAAAUGUUGCCGCAACUGUGAUCAAUCUCCAUGGAUUCGAGGCCCCAAGCGACUACGAGACCACCCUCAUUGAAGUGGUAGAUAAGUAAGAGAGGAUUUGAGAUAUGAAGCCACCACCAUUGCAGAUAUCCUGGUUUACUUACUAGUUCACUGUCUGCUGAGAUGUGAACUGUUAAAGGAAUUGAUGGAAGUUGUGAUGGUAGUGUUGGCAUUUUUGCUUUUUUAUUUUUUCUCUCCCCCAUUUAGGUUGAAAAUAACUAAAUAAGCCAUUUUUGACGGUCCCUGGCUGCCUGCUGUGCCCGUCCACGGGCCGCUGCUAGUCUCUAUAUCUACUUCGGAUUUUCCUCUUUUAAUAGACUUUAUACCCGAGAAAAAGACGCUUAAAAUUUGUUGGCCUUCUUUGUAGCGGCCAUCUUGUGGAUUUGAUGUUAUGGUUUACCAUGUUUUUUCUUUUAUGUCUGAAAGAAAGAUAGGAAAGAGUUUGUGCAUAUAAACUUGUGCGUCUUAUACAAAUUUGUAUUUAAUUGCACUCUUAUUUUGAAAGGGUAAUGAAACUGGGUUGGGUGCCGAAGACGCAGAAUGAAACUGGGUUGGGUUGAGCUCAGAAUUCUCUAA